CGAAAAUAAUUUGACAGCGUUUUGCUGACACCGGGGUUUUGCAGCAGAGCUCAAGGGGGGCUGAGCCCCCUCGCGAGGAGGCGUGCACAGAAUUUCAUGCACAAGCCUUUUCUACGAAGAUACAAGACACCCUUGUCCUGAAAGAGGAAUGACUGUCUCAAAAGAAUUCCUUUCUGUAGCGUAAGGGGAACAGCAGAAAAAAUAAUUUCACAAGGUUCAGUUUUGCACACUCAACAUCUCUCAGGGAUUACAGUUCUUGGCUUUAUUUUAAAUGGUUUUUGAUCAGAGGAAAGGUGCUGAAAAUGGGGGAUCAGCAGAUGUACAAAGCUAACCACAUCAUUAACAACAGCGAAAGUUUAUAUUACCACCAGCAGCACCUAAAUUCUCUUGCACCUUUAAACCACAACUAUGGAGUGUCAGCCAUGGAUGCAUCUCAGGAUUCUCCCCUCUCUCCCUCAUUCCCCCAUGAUACAAGAGAAAACAUAGCUUUGAAUGUUGGGUCCAAAACCCUUGGGUUGAUGGAUUCUCCUAGGCAAAUGAGUUGGGCCCAUUUGGGUUCUGGCAACCACAUCCCAGUAAGGAACAAUCAGAAUGUGAUGUGGAGCUCAGCAGGGCAAGGGGAGCCUACCGAUGGGUAUGACCAUCUAUGUUCCCAGGCCAAUGAGGUCAGAUCACAGAAAAUUACCAGUGGGGUUUUGCACAAAUUAGAUUCCUUCACCCAAGUGUUUGCUAACCAGAACUUAAGGAUCCAAGUCAACAAUGUGUCCCAGGUCAUACAGGCUCAGCCAUCGGGGAUAGAGAACACCAAUGAUAGUGCGCUUCGGCAAUUGUUGUCUCAGAAGCCUGCUACUGAGCAACAGCCUGUGCAGAGAUACCAGCAGGUGCCACAGCAAGUCCUUCCAAAUUUUGCAAGUGCACAGCAGAAGCAGCAAAUGCACCUAAUGCAGCACCAACAACCACUGUAUUAUGACGACCAGCAACACUUGGCUCACAUGCCAGUGCACUCUGCAGUGCACCAAGGACAGACCCACUUGCAGCAGAUGCAUUCUCAGCACCUGCUGCCGCAGCAGCUUCAACAAGAUCAAUACUAUCUGCAGCAACAGCCCCACCAAGGGCAGCACAGGCUUCUGAUACAUGAGAUGCAACAGCAGCAACAACAGCGGCAAUGCCCGGUGCAGGCAGCUCAGUAUUAUCCAAUACAGCCUAUGAUGCAACAGUUACAGCACCAACAACAGCAGCAGCAAAUGCAAAUGCAACUUCCUCCCUAUCACAGAGAUCCUGAACCAAAGUCUCUGCAUGAGGCUCAUCAGUACUCCCAGGACCGGUGUCCUUCUGUGCAGCUUAUUCAGCUGGGAGCAGUGCCUCAGUACUUCUAUCAAGAUCAGCAACAGCCAUUCAGGCCCUUAUAUCCACAAAAUUUAUUUCAGCAGCAGCAGAACCCUGAAGACACUAGCCAGCAGAAUCAUUACCAAGGAGACAACAAGUCUCGGGCCUUGAUGGACUCACAUCUUGGGCUCCCCAAGGUAGAGAGAACAGAGAGUCCGGCAGAGCAGGACAUGAAUUCCAUUGGGGUCCCUCACCAAUCUCUCAUACCUCCAGCAAGCUCCCAUAUGAAUAGCAAAAGAGCCCAGCAGCUGUCUCCCAAUGAAGCAUGGACUCAGCAGAUCCAGCUAUCUGAUGGCAAACUCGAAUCAGUGUCUCCUGAACAAAGCAACACUGGUCACAGUCAAGAAAUAUAUACAGAGAGAUCUGAAACAAAGAGUAAACUAAUGUGCACUGUAUGCUUGAAGGAGUUUAAGAGUUUACCAGCCCUGAAUGGCCACAUGAGGUCUCAUGGAGGGGUACGGACAUCUCCUGUCUUCAAACAGGAGGAAGGAGAAAACCCGUCAGAGCAGCCGCCGGCGCAGCCGCCCUCCGAGGUGGAUAGCCUCAUGCCCAUCGUCAUGCCUGUUUCUGUCCCUGUAAAGCUUCAGUCGCCCGAUCCCAGCAGGCAGGCCACUGACAGCAGUGCCACAGUCAAAGAUAAGCCUGUCUCAGAUGAUGAGAUGCCUGUUCUUGUGAGGAUGACUUACUCUCCACCGCGUUCCCCUAAAGCGGCCAGCCCAUGCGCGUCUUCUGAUCCCAGUAGGAAAAACCACCAAAGCAUUACCAACUCUGAAGAAAGCUUCAAACCUUCACAAGACAAGAGAAAGUACCGCCACAGACCUGAACCACUCUUCAUACCACCUCCUUCUUUCAACUUUAGUGUCCUGCAUUCAGGUGCUACCCUGUACCAAAGUCAGCUUCGCUCUCCCCGCAUUCUUGGUGACCAUCAUCUCGACAGGACUCGUGAGCUCCCUCCUUAUACACCCCCUCCUAUGCUCAGCCCAGUUCGUCAAGGAUCUGGUCUCUUCAGCAGUGUUAUCACCUCCUCUCAUGGUGUAUCUCACCCCCAGUUACCACUCACUCCUCUGACGCCCACUCCCCGGGUGCUUCUCUGCCGAUCUAAUAGCGUGGAUGGAGGCAAUGUCCCCGUGACCCCAGGGCCUGGGGAACAGACCAUUGACGUAGAACCGCGUAUCAAUAUUGGAUCAAGAUUCCAGGCUGAUAUCCCUGAACUUAAAGACGUAACCUCAGUGGGGAAAGAGGAUCAUAAGGCAACUUUAGUGUGGAAACCAUGGCCAGAACUGGAAGAUGACCCUUCCCAACAAAGAGUGAAUGAACUCUUAAAUAUGUGUUGUUCAAGUGCAUUACCUGGUGGAGGAACCAACAUGGAAUAUGGUUUGCAUUCUCUCUUUGAGGCUAAAGGGAAUAUUAUGGUUACUCUGGAGAUGCUUCUUUUGUUGAAACCAGUGAGAGCAAAAUCACACCCCCUGGCAAACUAUCACUAUGCUGGUUCUGACAAGUGGUCCCCCCUUGAAAAGAAAUUGUUUAAUAAAGCUCUGUCCACAUACAGCAAAGACUUCAUUUUGGUACAGAAAAUGGUGAAGUCUAAGACAGUGGCACAGUGUGUGGAAUACUAUUAUACUUGGAAGAAAAUAAUGCAUUUAGGACGGAAGCACAGAACACGUCAAGUGGAAAUAAAAGAGGAAUGUUUGACAAGUGGAGAAGAAGAGGAUUUGGACGAUGAAGAGCAAAUGGAUGAAGACAGAAAAUCUAUAAAAGAAGAGGAAACUGAAAAUCAGAAUUCUCCUGAGCCACCACCUAUUGCGCUUGGUGCGCCUAUUAACCUGCCUUCCCUGCAGAGCCUCACGAUCCCUGUGACUUCUUUUACCUGUGAAAUACCAGACUGUGGAGCUAUGUUCAGCUCUAGACAAGCCCUGAAUGGCCAUGCUCGCAUUCAUGGUGGUACAAACCCUGUGGUGAAAACUCGCUAUGGAGGCCCUGGCACUAAGCAGAAACCGAAUUCCCAGAAUGAGUACUGCUCUAUCAAAAACUCUCCAGCGCAUAGUACAGCAAGUGGCGAGACUGAUCCCCCUACAGUUUUCCCUUGUAAAGAAUGUGGCAAAAUGUUUUUCAAAAUCAAAAGUCGCAAUGCCCACAUGAAAACACACCGGCAACAGGAAGAGCAACAAAGGCAGAAAGCCCAGAAGGCUGCUGUUGCAGCUGAAAUGGCAGCUACUAUUGCAAGGACUACAGGGCCAGCUGGCCGUGCCUUGAUUCCAUUGGAUCACAUGGAUUUGAUCAAGCACGUUGAACAAGUGGAUGAGCUCGACAGUGAUGUUGUUCAGGAACUGGGAGAUGUAAUAGACAGUACUGAAGGGAUAGACCCUGAUCUCUUACUAGAUGAAGAUGACCCUGAAUUACUUCAAGAUGAUGUUGAGCUCUAGAAGAGACAAACUGGCCUGUAAAAACUACAGAUGCUCAUUGACAUUACUUCCUCUACCAGGAGGGCCAAGUAUUGACUUCCCUUUUAUUUUAAACUCUUUGAAUAGUUGGAAGACUUUUUAUCCAGGAAUGGAAAAUAAAUUUGAGUGGUCUUCUUCUUUGGGUGGGAAUGGUAAAUUAGGUUCAGUUUUGAAAGAUGAAAAAUGAUUCAUUUUGUUCCCCUUUUAAAAGGUAUUUUAGUUCUAAUACUGUGGAAACCAAAAGUGCAGAGAAGUUCAUGUUUCUGUUCUGUUUCCUUUCUAACUUUUUUCAUAAAAAUCCCCAAAUUCUUUUUAACUCCUCAGGGUCUUUCAUCUUCUUGCCCCCCACCACAGGACACUUAAGGAUAAUUUUUUAAAUGUUUCAUUUUGUGCCUUCCUGCAACAAUUCUUACGUCAAAUACUUUCAAAUGACAGAUGAUGGACCAUUAACUGUUUCCGCCAUAAACACAAGGCUGAAAUAGAAAUGAGUAGGUGGCAUCUUGAUAAAACAAAUUGCCCAGAAUUGAUGCACCUUCCGUUGCCUUUCUGCUAGAGAAGCUGUCUGGGGCCAGUAUAGCAUUUGAGGCUGAUAUUUUCCCCUAGCCUAGAAGGCUCUGUGCCAAAUGAAGAUUUCCAAGGCGUCUUCGUAUUUGUUGUAACCAGGUGUGGACUGGUUUUUAAUUUCCUCAUUGAGAGGUAGACUGACUCAGUGGGUUAUUCCAUUUACUUUGUUUGGAUGUGAAAGAAAAGUGAUCAACCAAGGUGGCCGGGGGGGAUGUGAAAAUAGCUAGAUUAAUUUAAUGUUUUACUGACUCUUAAAAGCUUUAUGUGCAGUUCAUUUGUUUAAAAAUAGUUAUUUUAAUUGUGCACUUCAGAACUUCCAUUUAACAGGGUUCAGAAGAGACAGAGUAAGUGAAUUCAGAGUUGGAAGAAAGAUGGUUCUUUGACCUUCUCUUUAGAGGACCGGCUGAAAUGAAUCUUACUCCCACACAACACAUUGAAUAAUAUUGGCAAGGAUGUGUUAGCGAUUUUAAAAUACACUAGAAUACCAUUCAUAAAACUGCAUUGUUAGAAAAGUUGUCCUUCAGCAUUGAAAGGGAGAUAACUUCUUUUAUGGUGAUAGUAGUGCAAAAGCAUUAUCCCAAGGACACAGUACACAUACUUUUCUCACAGACAAAAGAAAGGGAGGGGGAGAAUGUCUACCAUAAGGAAAAACAACUAUAACUAAUGGGAUUCUUUGUCACAUUUUUCAAUUUGUACUUUGCACUACACAGAAACUUGGUAAGUGUCUGUUUAUAAAACAUUCUUUAAAGCUACUUCGUUAUAGCAGCUUUAGUGUGUGUAGAGGGGGAGCUGCAGUGUGCUACUCUACUCUCAUGUAAAUUGGGCCAUAUACCGUAUACAAAACAGGGUAACUCCUGCACACUCAGAAUUCUGCUUGAGCUCUGGAACCCCAUAGAGUUUUGGAUCAUGGCCAAAGAACUUUAAAACCUGCUGUUUACAAAAGUGUGCGUGUGUGUUUUUAAGUGGUGGAAAGGUUAGGUAUAAUAAUGCUAAAUUUUUCUUCCUGAAGAUACUCAGUAAUGGGCCCGUAGAUUUACUCUUGGGAACACUAUUGAAUUUGAACAGCUUUGUGGGGCCUGGAGGGCAGGGGUCUUUUAUAUCUCCAGCUCAGAAUGCAACACAGGAAAUGUUGAUCAUGUUUCAUAUCUGGUAGCAAUUCUGAAGUUCAAUUUUCUGAAAACAUUUAACUGCUACUUUUUCUUGUUAUUUUUAACAAUUUGUAAGUUUGCAAAUUGAGUCCAAAGAAAAUGUUUGUGAUUCUGGACCUUUUCUUCCUGGUUUUGCUUUGUCUAUUUGUUUAAAUAAGCACAAACUAGAGUGUAAAACAUUUUCAUGAAGGGUAAACAUUUUGCACACACCUUACGCCAAAUGAAUGAAAGGGGAAUUAUAAAAAGUUCCUUUCUUUCCUUGCUUUGUUCUUGGCCAAACCAUGCUCAACUUUUUGAAUGACCUGGCUUCUCAGUUUGUAGCUGUUUCCCUUCACUAGCCAGCAUUGGGAUUAUUCGCCAUACACAGUUUUCUGGAUCAUGGGUCAUUGUUUAGAAAUGUGCAAAGUGAGUGCAAAAUAUAUAUUUUUUCCUCCUAAGACCCAGGAUGUAUACUAUUAAAAUGCCUAGAGAACAAUAAUGUGGAUGUUUUUAGCAAAGCCAAACUGUCCAUACCCAAUUUCUGAAAUUCCCAUUAAUGUUUAAAUAUUGUACCAGUCAUGGGCGGCAUCACCGAGAGGUAAUAUUUAGAUGCUACAAAAAUUAGAUUCAGUUUGAGACAAUUGAAAUUUGAAUAUUGCAGUGUUCUUUAGGAACAUAUUAGCAUGAAGAAAAUAACAUUUGGCCAAGCACAUUACAGUUAGAGCCACCACUUCUAUCCACUUGGAGUUGAGGCAGGGGGAGAGUGCUAGUAUGUUCAUACAAAUGGCUGUCAGAUAGUGGCUUUCAUUGGAGAAAUUGCCAGGUUUUCUGGGUAACUACCUCCCCAGGAGUGACACUGGGCUAAGAUGUUGUUUCCUUGGUAUGGCUGUGUCCUUGGAAAAUUUGAGAACAUUUUGGCAUAGAAAUAAUCUGAACAAUACGCAAUGCCGCUGGAAUCAUUGAAUGACAUUUGAAAGUAUUUGAUAAAUACAGAGGCUAUUCAAAUGUUCCUUAGUAGUCACUUUCCCCCAAGUUUAUUCAAGAAGCUCCUCCAUUAGGAGGAAACAGUUUCAUCUGGCUUCUUUUGGGGGUGUUGAAUGUGCAGUAUCACUGCAUCUGUUACAGUAAACAUGCACUAUUUACCUCUGCUGUUCUGUUGUUGCCAGGCAAUCUUUAUUGUCAAUGAACUUGGCAAGGGGGGUUAAGAAAUAAUACCAGUUUGUGUGCCCUGUUGAGCACUACCAGGCACCUGGUUGGGAAAAUGUAUGAAGAUACCUUGCAGACAUGCUCUUACAUGAUCACUCCCUGUCUCCAAGGGUUAGCUAAUGUGGCUGGGUUGUGUGCUAUUUGAAAGCAUAUCUGCUUUUGUAUUUAAAUGUUUGUUGGCUGUGAUGAUUUGCAAUGAUUGCCUGUCUGUUGUAUCUCAUAAUAUUUCUUAACAAUCCUCUAACCCAAUCUUUUGUGCAAUUCUGAAGGAUAACUCUUAAAGAUCUAUUUAAUCAUCUGAAAGAGUUCUUUUUCCUUCCUUCGAUUUAAGAAAGGAAGAUAAUAGAAUUUCUAGAAUUUGUUAGUCCUCCAGUUAAACGUAGUGCUAAGUCCUUUCAUAGUCAUGGCCAAGUCUUGUCUUUAAAUGGUGCAUGAUUCAGAGUGAAGGAACUGAGGCGCAUGUGCCCCAUUUUACCCACAGCAUUUUAAGUUCUCAGGCUCCUCUGUUGAAGGAUUGCGCCAGUUGAGAAAGAAUAAAGUAGAAAUAUGCCCUAUCCUGCUUCAUUGUUCGUAUGUAAUCCCAAACACUUCACUCAACAGCUGUUGCAAGGCUAGGCUAGAAUCAGAACUAUGUAUUCAUAGAGUACAAGGUAUUUGAAGCUGGCUACAAGUUAUACUCACCAUGCAAAAAGAAGCCAGGCUGUUAAAAAUUCUGCUGAUUGUAGACGAUCAUGAGCCAUAACAAUAUUGCCCAUCUAAGAUAGAAAACAGCUACGAUCUCAGCAAUAUCAGAUUUUCUAUAGUACAAAUCAAGACAAAACAAUUUAAAUAGUUUUCCAAAUCCUAGAGCCAACAAAUCUUUAUGUACCAAGAAACAAGUCAGCGUUUGUUAUUAAAGAACAUUAUGCUGAAAAAAGGUCUCACACACAUUUACCUUUAAAGUCCAGUUUAGCAGCUGACUUAGAAAAUAAGACAGAAGCCAAGUAACCAACCACUUAUGACAAUUACAUUUGAGUAAUACUCAAAUGUAGCAGCAGAUCUUCCACUAUAUUGGCAAACCAGUUUAACAAAACAUUGCUCAUCUAAAGCUUUGCUACAAUUAAUCCAUAUUAGGGCAAUAUGGAUUAUUGUACCAUGGGAUACCUCUCUCAUGAUAAUAUUUCAGACAGUAUUGGUUACUCUGGAUUCACUGCAAAGCUGUUAUUGUUAAGUAGUAUCCUGAUCUUAGAUUGGAAAGUAUUAUGGAGAGCAUUACCACAACUUGCUACAGUCCAAAUUCUUCUUGUCCUUACUAGCUUAACAAUUUGACACUAUUUUGGCAGAUAAGGUACAGUAUAUAACAUACACAGUGUUCAAAUAUUAACUGAUAGUUUGUGGAGAGAUUUCAAAAGCAAAGAGAAUCUAUUGUAUCUGAACAGAAAUAAACGAACAAUCCCCAAAUACAUAUUUUACAAAAUAUGUAGUUCUAGAGAUGAUAAAAUGGCUUAAAAUAACCAAAGAGAAUCUCAAACUAAUCCCUGAAGAUCUGUGGAUAAUUGUUUAAACUUCAUUUGUGGUUUCUGUAUUCUUAAGAGUUGCAGUAAUGAGUAUAAUUACAAUAUGAUUUAUAUUUUGUCCGAAAACUUGGGGUUUUGUUAAUGGUUCUCAUGUUCAUUGCAAUAGGAUUUCAGUAGUGAAGAAAUGGAAACUAUAUAGCAAAAGGAAAAAAUAUAUUUUAUGGAGAAAUCUUAUUUUCAAACAUAUUUAACUGCUGUUAUAUUGUUACAGAAAAGCUAUACAUAGUUUUGAAAUUGUAGUGUAGUAUAAAAAUGUUCGAGGGGAAAAUGAAUGUUUUAAUCUAGUUCUUUUUAUUUUUUAAGUAAAUCUUUACUUGUUAAUGCUUUGUUGCACCUGAGUUGCAUGUGGUUUAACUUCAGGAUGUAAAUUUAUUCAGGUUUGCACUAAAAUGCUUAAUUUCAUAAUAUAUGACAUAACCCCCCCCCCUCCUUUGGCAUGCAUCCGAUCUGGUACAUUACAAAGCACUUUGUAUAGGUUAUUUCAGCUUUUUCUUAUAUAGAGAGAUAAUUGUAUUUGUAAAAUCAAAGGGAAUCUAUGUAAAAGUUUGCCAAAAAGGACAGUAUUUUAUACUUUUGAUAAGAUGUAGUUUGUUAAUUUUUUUG